UGUAAACGUCCGAACAUUAUCAGCUCAUGGAAGGAAUGUUGAGCGCUCAAAGAUGCUUCUUCGAACAGUGCUUAGCGUCAUAUUUGCUACAUCUGUCCUUGCAAGUAAAUAUAAAGGACGAUUCGGGCAUUUAGGUUUAAGCAGAUACGACCCUCCUCGUCCCGGCUCAGGUAGGAUAUUAAACAAUAAGGAUAUGACCAACAAUAUUCUUAGUGAACUUACUGGCACUGAGUUAGACAAUCUACUGGAAGAUUUACACAUUUCGAAAAAACAAGGCGAUAUCAUAUUGAACAAGAAACAACUUGUACAGAAGAUAGCGAACAUGGAACUUAGGGAACAUUUCAGCGAUCAAAAGUACAGAACCCUACCUAAUGAAGUAGACCUUAAUAACAGAGCGAAAGUGAUGCAUCAAAAGAGCGAACAUAUCAAGGAAGUGCUCAAGAAAUAUAAGAUGCAACAUUUUGAAACCAUUUCGCAAAGAAAACGUGUUAAACGGAAGAUGAUAACUGGGAACGUGGAGAAAUGGGUCUUUCCUAUUCAAUUUAGUUUUAACAAUACAUACACCGAGGAAAACAAAACUAAAAUACGUGAGGCGCUUCAGAACUGGGAGGAUGCUACUUGCGCAAGUUUUAUAGAAUCUAAUGUCACCGCGGCACCUGCGCUGCACUUCGAUCCUCUCGAUGGUUGCUAUUCGUAUGUGGGGCGUGAACCAUCAGCUACCAACAUAGUGUCACUGGCAGAGGGAUGUCUUACAACAGGUACUAUUGAACACGAGAUCGGCCACGCCCUGGGAUUAUUCCACGAACAGAGUCGACCCGAUAGGGACUCGUUUAUCACCGUGAAUAUCUCCAAUGUGCAUCCGGAUCAGGCCAGUAACUACGAUAUAUUAUCCUGGCACGAAACUCUUACGAACAACAUAGAAUAUGACUAUGGCUCGGUCAUGCAAUAUAACAAACGGGCAUUUACAGGUGAUGGUGGUAUAACUAUGAUCGCAAAGGAUGACAUGUUCGACAAUACAAUGGGACAGGAUGCCGGCCUUUCUUUUUCCGACAUCAAGCUAUUUAAUAUAGAAUACUGCAGUG